UGGGGAAAAUCCAAGGCCGCGAAGCCGCAUGCGACGUGAAAGUGACGCGCGCCAGCAGUGUAGUAGUUUCCAAGGCAAGUGCGACUGCAUUGCUGCAUUCCUGAACAGCGCCAACGGGAAUCUUGAGUCAAUACACAAAUUCCCCAAUCCCAAAGAACAAGAAGCAUAAUGAGACGGCCCACCGCCAUAGUACUUCUCUUGACCUGCACCGUAGUAACGGCCCAGCUCAGAUCCCUCCCCGUCGAACGCUCCGGCCUCAACGGAUACGCACCCCGCUUCUUCCGCCAGAAACCCAUCGUAGAAUCCGUAGACCCCGCCCCCGGUCCAGCCAUGCCACCACCGCCGCCCUCAGAUCCCCCCUCCUCUUCCGGCCCGGGCCAAGACGGAGGAGGAGGCGUGAGGCUCUCCGACGUAAUGGGCCGCGACCGGAGCAUCAACGUCUUCGCCGGCUUCACGCGCGACAUCGAAUCCGCCUCGCGCCGCCUCGAUGACCAAGGGCGCAAUACCACCGUGCUGGCACCCCUCAACUCGGCCGUGGAGAGGCUGCCGCGGAAACCGUGGGAGGAUCCCCGCGACUACCAGCAGCUCGGCGCCGACGCCUACGAGGGUGACGACGGCAGGGAUAAGGCGCAGAGGAACAUUCAGCGGUUCGUUGAGGCGCACAUGGUUGGUGUGAGUCCGUGGCCCGAGAAGACGAAGGCCAAGACGAUUGGCGAUGAUAGGGAUGUGUGGUGGGAGACUAAGGAUGGUGCCAAAUUUAUUCAGCCUGGCAAUAUUGAGGUUGUAAGCGUAGCGAGUACUGUUGCCAAUGGCGAAGUGUGGAUUAUCAAGGAGGUACGGAACUAUGCCUAGGGAGACCUCCCUAUGAGCCAUGAGCGAGGGCCUGCUGGAACUGCCGCCUCCAUACCCUCUAUAGGAUACAAAUUUGUUUGUUAUCAUCACCAAGGCCCGUGGUGUGGCGGGGAAUGUCAGCUCGUUCUGAAUUGCCUCGCUCCCACGGGUCACGGGUUCGAGUCCCGUUUUCUACUUGUAAAAAUCCUUGCAUAGUUACACCUGAGGCUGGUAAGAGUCUCCUCGGAUCUUUCGUAGGCUCCCUAUAGGGAGCUGAGCUUUUGCUUUUUGCUUUUGAGUGAUGAAUUGGCAAUUGAAGCGUGGAUGAGUAGUAGAUGGAUGAUGAACGAA